CUGCUGAGUUUUGAUUGGAGUUUGGAUGGCGAUCGAUUUGUGACCGGCUACAGUGAUGGACGCGUUUGUCUCUGGUCCAAUUCACAAGGUGCGCAGCAUCGAUUGAAUCAUACAAAUGGACCAGUUAAUGUUGUCAAAAUCUGUCCGAAUUCUGAUUAUAUCAUCACAGGCGGAAAUGAUAGAUCCAUAAAUGUUUGGAAUAUGGAUGGCACAAUCAACACUUCAUUCAAAUCGCAUGACGCGACCAUCAAUGAUUUGGAAUGGAUAUCUGGAGAAGAGUUCGCUUCUGGUGGCAAUGAUGAGAAUAUCCAUAUUUACAAAAUCGGAGUUCCAGAACCAAUUAGAAUCAUUUCUGGUCACAGUGGAUCGAUCUUGUCGAUAAAAUAUGACCGAAACUCUAAUCAGUUGGCCAGUUUGGCAGAAGAUGAAACACUUCGAACCUGGUCAGUAUUUGGCGCAACACAACGUUACGGAUUCAAAAUUGCACCACAAUCCGCCUGCUUCUCCUGGAAUCCGAAGGGAUUUUUCUUGGCGUAGUUAGUUUAUUCAAUGGAAUUUUAUGGGUUAAUUUUUUCUUUGACUUUUUUUCAGCGCUUCUCAACAAGCCGUCAAGUACUUUGACACAAACAGCGGAGAUUUUGAGUGCGAAUUGAAGGGACAUCAUGCUGUUGUUAGAAGCCUCGCGUUCUCUCCGGAUGGUGCAUUUUUGGCAACAGGCGAUGCACGUGGAACGAUUUUCGUUUGGUGUUUGAGGGUAAGUUUUUUUUGCGAUUUAUCUGCAAAAAAUACAUUGUUUUUCAGACUUUCGAAAUUGUUGUCGGUUUUCAACGUGAAAUCCAACCUGCUAUUGGUGCGAUCACCAAAAUUGAUUGGAACUUCGAUGGCACAAUCAUCGCUGCGACAACUUCUACUGGCUUAUCUAUUCUCCUUGAUGUCUCGAACUUUGUUGGAAACAUGAUGCUUCAUUGA